UCGCUUUGCUUCUUUUUUUCUCCGAGCGAGAAGAAGAACAUCGCCGACUACUAACGAGUGCUGUCUUCUAACAACUACUACGGUCCUCGACCUUCGAAAGAGAGCCCGCCCCCGAGACUCGACCUCUCGACGGAGCGUGGCAGCACGGGAAAGAGGACGGACGAGACAUGGCAGUGCGCUGCUUUGCGAGGCGGUGGCUCGUGCCUGCUCGCCACGUCGCAAGGGGCAGCAGCUCACAUCGGCGGUCGUUUGCGUCGGAGGCGGCGCCUACUGCUGCUGCCGCUGCCGCUGCAAACGCCCAUGCUGCUGCUGGUGGCUCUGAUACAGCCGCCGCUGCCGCAGUCGACGGCAAGGGCAAGCAGGUUGCGGGCCGCGCCAGUGAAGGUGCCGGUGCUGGAGCUGGAGUCGAUGUGGGCGCCAAGCACGACGAGGACCGCGCCGAUGGCUUCUUCUUCUCGCGCCGCUUCGGCCAGGUGGACCGUGGCUCGCGCGACCUGCGCGACCGUGCGGUGCGCGACCAGAUCCAGGAGGCGAGAAAGGCGGGUAUCUCCUCACUGCCCCGCGCACUCGGGCGCGUGAGUGCCGCACACCCGCUCGUCAAGGAGCUCGUCACCGAGCUCUACAGCAGCAACACCCGACCUUCGCCCGAGAAAGUGUGGCGCAUCUACAUGGACAUCCACCAGCGGCAGUCGCCCCCGUCGUCGCCUUCGCCUUCGCCUUCGCCUUCUUCAUCGUCCUCAUCCUCGUCGUCGUCGUCGUCUUCACCACCGUCGUCUUCCUCGUCGGGCUCCACCUCGCCGGACCCGGCGCUGCUGCUCCAUCCCGAGCACCACCAGCUCGUCCUCCGCGCAAUUGCCCCCGAUGUCGCCCAGGCGCGCAUUGAGCAGCGGCGGGAGAGGCAGAUGCGCGCGCAGAACAGGGCCGCCAAGCAGCUCCUCGCCACGCUGGAGCAGCAGCAGCAGCAGCAAGGAAACGAAGGGCAUCAAGAGCAAGAACAAGAGCAGCAGCAGCAGAACCUCGCCUUCGACGGCAUCUCGCCGUUGCUCGUGCGCAGGCGCCGCUUCAGCCCCGCCGUGGCGCAGAACAAGGCGUCGCAGUCGAUCAGGGUGUAUCUGCAGCGUGUCGCCUUUGUCUUUGCCCAGCUGCGCAACGUGGCCAUCGACGACGCUGCCUCUUCUUCGUCGGCACAAUCCUCGCCCAUGGCGCUCCCCUCGGCGGCCGACUACAACCACGUGCUCAAGAAGCUCGCGCCCACCGGCCACAUGCCUGUCCUCGCCGCCCUCUGGUCCCAUCUCUCGGGCUGGUCCGACGUGGGCAUCGAGGGCGAAGAGGACCUCGAGAGCAGCACACACCGACGCAGGCGACACUGGUCCGCAUCCAUCCUGGGUACUGGCCCCGGCAGCAGCAGCAGCAGCAGCGGGCCCGCGUCAGGCUCGGACGAUGCUGCAUUUGGACCGACGGCGGCGACGUACAAGCACAUGAUGCUCGGCAUCUCACGCCACCUCAGCGACUCGAUCCAGCGCGCACACAAGGACCAGGUCACGCGCAACAUCUGGCACGGCCAGGGCAAGGCCCGCAAGUGGAAGGUCGACGUCUCUGCGCGUGCCGCCGCGCAGGGCAUGGGCCGCUUUGGCCAGGAGCCGCCGCGGCAGGCACGCCGGGCCGUGACACUGGCGAGCAAGCGUGCUGCUGCGCUCCUCGACGACAUGCGACGGCGCAGCGUGCCGAUGCAGGCCGUCACGCUCGACCUCGCUGCGCGCCUCAUGCGCCUCAGCGGCAACGUCGACGGCAUCCGCGCCCUCCUCGCCAUCGCCCACGGCUACGACGUGCGCCACCCCGACGCCGUCCCGCUCUCCGCCCCGCUCUCCGCCCCGCUGGCUGCUGCGGCGACAUCGACGACGGCAGGGACAGCCGUGAGCUCGCACACGCUCAACACCGUCCUCAUGGCCCUCGGCGAGCAGGCCACCGUGACGGAGAUGGUGACGGCGUACGAGACCCUGACGCGGCCCAUGCCCACUGCGCGACGGCCGCGCGACGACGACGACGACGAUGAUGAUGUCGUCGACGUCGCUUCUGCAUCCACAGGCUCGUCUGGCCUCACUGCCUCGACCAGCUCCACGGGCGGCCUCUUUGCAACGGACUUCCGAGGUCUGUUUAGAGAUGGACAAGAAGAAGGCGCAGGCCGCAUACAGAGCAAGGACGGCAGCGACGACGCGCUGCCCGACGUGAUGCCGUACCCGCGCGACCGGGGCGUCGCGCCCACGACAUUCACGCUCAAGACGCUGCUCAAGCACGCCACGACGGUGCCCGACCCCACGCGCAUGGUCGCCGAGCCGUCGCUGGUGCAGCGGCAGCGGCAGCGGCAGCAGCGGCAGCAACACACAGAAGCUGCGCAUCAGGCGCUGCGCGUGGACCACGAGGCGCGCAGGAACGGCGCCUACCUGCCCAUUGCCUCGUACCUCGUCUGCGAGACGGUGGACCUGGCGCAGGACGAGGUCGCGCGCGUGGCUCACGAGCUCGGCGUCGCCAUGCCCGACGUCGCCCUGCUCCAGGCCGAGCUCGCCUCGCGCAUCGGCGCGGCCCUGCGCGGCUCGGCCGAGGCGGCGCCUAUCAACGAGGGUGUCGAGCCUGUCGACGGUGGAGAAGGAGAGGGAUAUGGACAAGCAGUCGCAGGAGAAGGACAGAUAGUCGCAGACGAAGGACGGACAGUCGCAGAAGGAGAGACAAUCGCAGAAGAGGGACAGACACUGGCCGAGACAAAGGCAUCGCUGCUCGCCUCGACAGACCCCAUCGCCGAUGUCUAUGAGCACCUCUCGGCCCUCGUCGCGUCCACUGGCCCAUCAGACAUCGAUGCACCAACGACGAACUUUGUGCCGCUGUUUGAGCCGCCGCGCGUCGAGCUGACGUACGACAUGGUGCAGUCGCUGCUCUCGCUGGCCAAGCGCCGCAACGCAGGCUCGACGCUGCGCCUCGUGCGCGACGAGGUGCAGCGCGCCCUCGCCGUCCAGCUCGCCCAGCUCCAUGUCCUCCGCGCCGCGCUUCUUGUCUGGACCGCGCGGCGCGACGCGGCACCCACGGCUGCUUCAGCAGCAGCAGCAGCCGAGACGGGCGCCGGCGUCAGCCUGACGCGCGAGAGCCUCGCCGCCCUCGUCGCCGCGCUCGACGCGCAGCAGACGUACACGCGCGCCGCCCUGCGCCGCCUCCUCGACGACUACUGGCACCGCAUCGAGGCGCUCCUGUACAAGCAGGCGACCAAGCGGCGCCGUCUCGAGGACCGCAAGCGGCAGCGGCACAUCGACGAGCGCCGCGAUGAGCGCCAGCGAAAGGAGCGCGCCAGGCUCGACCGCGAGGAGAAGAGGCGCCUCGAGAGCAUCGUCCAGCAGAGCAGCGACGUCGAGCAGCAGGGCCAGGGGCAGGGGCAGGCACACGAGGCCAAGGUCUCGCCUGUGCCGGUGGUGGUGUGAAGUAGAGCACAAUUCAAUCAAAAAAGAGAAAUGAUCAAUGAAGAUGUUCCC